AUGGCUGCAGGUUCUGCUGGUCCUCAACUGAAACAUGUUACAUGUGCAAUUGUGCUGCUACCAUUCUUUGUUACAAUGACCACUAGUGCUGAUAUAUUCCUUGAUUGGCACGUUUCCGCUGACUUCAAUUUAAAGCCUGUGUCCACUGAUCAACCGGUAAUUACAAUCAAUGGCAUGUUCCCUGGACCCCUUAUAAAUGCAACAACAAAUGAUAAUAUUCAUGUCAAUGUUUUCAAUGAUUUGGAUGAUCCCUUGCUGUUUACAUGGAAUGGCAUACAGCAAAGGCUAGACUCAUGGCAAGAUGGAGUGUCUGGCACAAACUGCCCUAUCCAACCUGGCAAGAAUUGGACUUAUGAUUUCCAAGCCAAAGACCAGAUUGGCACAUUCUUCUACUUUCCUUCCAUCAAUUUCCUUAAGGCUGGUGGAGGGUUUGGUCCAAUUCGAGUCAACAAUCGACCCUUGAUUAGCGUUCCUUUUCCAAAACCUGAGGCAGAGUUUGAUCUUCUAAUUGGUGACUGGUACAUCAGUAGCUACAAGGACAUUAGGUCCAGGUUGAAUACGGCAGAUGUUCCUUCUCCUGAUUGGAUGCUAAUAAACGGAAAAGGACCAUAUAUGAACAAUCUUUCUCAAUCAUAUGAGACCUUCAAUGUUACACAAGGCAAGACAUAUUUGCUUAGGAUAUCAAACGUAGGGACAGCCUGGAGCUUCAAUUUCAGGAUUCAAAAUCAUCAACUGGUUUUGGUUGAAACUGAAGGUUCUUAUGUCAAUCAAAUAGAGCUGGAGUCUCUUGAUGUUCAUGUAGGCCAAUCCUACUCAGUUCUUGUCACAGCAAACCAAAAUGCUGUUGAUUACUACAUAGUAGCCUCUCCUAAACUGAGUAAUGCCACAAAUAAUAACACUCUUGUUGGCGUUGCUGUGCUUCAUUAUGACAACUCUACCACACCGGCUAAUGGGUCUCUUCCAAGUGGUCCAGAUCCAUUUGAUCUGCAAUUCUCCAUCAACCAAGCAAAAUCCAUUAGGUGGAACCUCACCACUGGAGCUGCAAGGCCUAAUCCCCAGGGAAUGUUCAAUGUAACAAAUGUGACAAUAAUUGAAACUUUCAUUCUAAACGCAUCAACAGCAACUAUUGAUGGAUUAUCUCGCUAUUCUGUCAACAAUGUGUCUUACUUGAUCCCAGAUACACCACUGAAACUAGCUGAUUUCUUUUCCAAUGGAACUGGUGUAUAUGAACUUGAUGCUUUUUCUAAGAACACUUCAAAUGCUAACGCCGUGCGUGGAGUUUUCGUAGCUAGUGCAUUACAUAAAGGGUGGACUGAGAUAGUGCUAGAAAACAAUUUAGACAUCAUUGAUACUUGGCAUUUGGAUGGAUAUAGCUUCUUUGUUGUUGGAAUGGGGGAAGGAGAUUGGAAUCCAGAAUCCCGGUCAAGUUAUAACCUUUAUGAUCCUGUUGCUCGCUCCACUGUGCAAGUGUACCCUGGAGGGUGGAGUUCAGUGUAUGUGUACCCUGACAACCCUGGAAUGUGGAACCUAAGAUCACAGAACUUGCAAAGCUGGUAUUUAGGUGAAGAGCUCUAUGUGAGGGUUUAUGAUGCUGAUCCCAACCCUGCCAAGGAGAAGCCACCUCCACAGAAUCUCCUUCUAUGUGGCAAGUAUCAGCCACCAACCCCUCCUCCCUCAGUGUCCCCAGCACCAAAUGCUCCAUCAUCCAACGCAUAUGCAUAUAAUCCACAUAGAACAAGGUCUCUGAUUGCUAUGAUCACCACUGCUAUAUGUUUGUUCUAUAUUGAUCUCCAUUAAUUGAGACGGUCCACCCUUUGCUAAGGAGUUGGAGAUAUGCACAGACCAGCAUAAGGAUAAAAUUUCUACAGUAUUCUUUUUUUUCUUUUUAAGUUUGAACUGUCAAGAAUGAAAUGUAUACAUAAUAUUGGUUACUUAUUACUACAGUCAUGCUACUUGUUUCAAUAUAUACAUGUUAAGAUUUGCAGUGUCAUUCUUUGGCCACACUUGUUGGAUGUUUCUUAAUCUAUAGAACGGUGGAAAAUGAUGCAUGUUUUAGGUUCAACAUGCAAGGCCAUCUUGGUUGACAUAUUACUAUGUACUUGCAAACAUUUCUCUUUGAUACAUUCUACAUUGUCCACUGUCA